AUGCUAAAGAACGGACUCAUCACCUUUGACCUGCUCUGGGCCCUCUGGAAGCCCAACACUCUUGCUUUCGCCCACACCUACAGUUCGCCGGACGAGCCUCGCGUGUUCAAGGUUGAGAUCGCAGAGAAACACUCCUCGUUCAUGAAAGGCGACUACUAUUACUUGGAGGGUAAGUAUUUCGAGUAUGACGGCAAGCAGUUUGGUUACGGAAGCGUCUCAGAGGAGAUUAUGGAGUUUAGAGGCGCUCGCAAGAUCACCAGCUUGAAUUGCUAUCCGCUCAGCUACCACAAGAACGAAGCCAGGGUGCGCGAGGAGCUGGUGGAGCGAGGCAAGAAGUUCGUCGGCCUGGCUGGUGUGUACUACAAGAGUCAUCAGGGCAUGGCGUACUACAAGAAGAAGAAGGGAGUUGUCAAGGUCAAUAUCAAUGGCCGGAUCAUGGUCGACCCUGCUAUUCACAGGAGGAUCAAUCCCAACUACCCGAUUUCGAUGGUGCGGCCAAAGGACCACGACAGGUACUCGGAUGAUGAGUGCUCUGAUGAGUCGGACUGUAGUGGAUGUGGCUCUGAUGACGAGGAGGAAGCGUUCAAGCGCAACACUCGUCUUUAUAGACCCAAGCGGAGCGGCCCUCCUGAGAACAACACGGGGGAGAAGCUGGAAAAGGUUUCGGCGCAGAAUGAUGAGGUCGGUGAAGAGACCAAAGAUGGGGAGGAGGCGGAGAACAAGGAGGUACCGGCCACUGGUUCCAAGGACGCCAAGAAAAUUCCCGAGUUCAGCGAGGAGGACUACUUGAUUGCCUCUCCCGUGGUGCUUGGGUUCUCGUUUGCGGAAAAGCUGUGGCUUGAGUUUACCGUUUCUGGUGUCAAGGAGAUUCAGUGGAACGAAACGGCGUAUGACUCGCUAGUGCUCGAGUCCAAGACCAAAGACAUAGUCAAGGCGUUGGUCGAGUCUCACAAGUACCAUGCGGCCGAGAGUAUCGACGAUGUCAUCCAAGGCAAGGGAAGAGGCCUGGUCGCUGUUCUUCAUGGUCCGCCUGGUACUGGCAAGACUUUGACAGCCGAGGGCAUCUCGGAACUGCUCAAGUGUCCGCUCUACAUGGUUUCCGCGGGCGAGCUGGGCACCGAUUCUCGCUUCCUCGAGACCGAGUUACAAAAAAUUCUCGACAUUUGCCACGCCUGGGGCGCCAUCCUCCUGCUCGACGAAGCGGACGUCUUCCUCGAGAAGAGGAACAUGCACGACAUUCACCGCAAUGCUUUGGUGUCGAUAUUCCUCAAGCAGGUUGAAUACGUGCAGAACAUUCUCAUCCUCACUACGAACCGUGUAGAGACAUUUGAUGACGCCUUCCAAUCCCGUAUUCACAUUGCCCUUCGCUACGGCAACCUCGAACAAAAGGCCAGGAAGGCCAUCUUCAAGAUUUUCAUCGACCGCGUUCGUGCUCACGAGGGCAGCAAGCUUGGGCCGUUCACCGAUAGCGAUUACGAAAGUCUUUCCCGGAAGGAGCUGAACGGGAGGCAGAUCAAGAACACGGUCAGGACGGCGCAGGCGCUGGCGGUUAACAAGGGCGAGCCCUUGUGUAUGAGCCAUAUCCGGCAGGUCUUGGAGGUACAGGCAAACUUUGACCGGGAUCUGAAGGGCGGGACGGGGUAUCAGGACGCGAUGAGGAGUUAUUUCUAAGGAAGGUGGUUGGGUGAUGAGAAGCGG